UGGUCUGAGUAUAUAUUAUAUAAUUUAGACAAUUUACACGAAUAUUAAUAAGGUUUGUUAAAUUAGUAAAUGACGAGCAUUAGUGAACAGGUUUCAAUCAUUUUGAGUAAUGAUUUACUUGCUGCAGAACUAAAAUUGGCUUUAUUUACAUCAGCACUUAACAGCUACAGACAUGAUUCUUGUUUACGUCCUUUUCCAAACAUAUUUGGCGAUACAUGUGAUAAAAACAUAGCUGUAAAGCAAAUGAAAUCCCUGCUCUCUGAGUUUCGACCUUUGGCUGAAAUGGUUAAUAUUAUUAGCUUAAUGUCAGAAGAUUGUCAAAAAAUGAUUCAUUGGGCAUUAGAUUCAAAGAUUUAUUCAUCAAAAACUUGCAAUAAACAUGUAUUUGAUGAUGUACAAAAAAAAACUGGGUGUUCAAGUUACCAGGUACAACCAGAUUAUAUUUUUGAAAUCAAAUACAAUACAUUUUCUUCACAAAAGUUUGAUGAUCUUGCUAAAAUGUAUGGUGUAAAGUAUGGAUUUCAUGGCAGUCGAAUGGAUAAUUUCCAUUCUAUAGUAAAUAACGGCUUGCAGGUGCAUAUGGUAAAGAAUGCUGUGUUUGGGGAAGGUGUUUAUUUAAGUGAAGAUUUAUCUGUCUCUAUGCCAUACAUUUCAAGUGGUUUUACUUGGCAACAUUCUAAGUUAGGUCAACAAAUAUCUUGUGUAGCUGUAUGUGAAGUAUUAGAUCAUCCUGGGGUAAAAUGUACCAUGAAAACAGUUAAUGGUGCUAAUCGGUCUAGGGCAAAUAAUUCUGAAGCUGGAGAAGUACCUAAAAAAUAUUUUGUUGUUACCAGCAGUGACUUAGUACGUGUUAAAUACAUCUUUGUUUUUACAGACAAGACUGAAAAAAGGAAUUCUGCUAAAUGUGGUAUGCUGUGUUUUCGAUAUCCAGUUUUAAGUAUUAUGUUAGCUUAUAUGCUGCUUCUGGCUUUUGUCAGUAUAUGGAACAGCAAAACUUUUCAACUUAUUUGGCGUAACUACUGGUAUAAAAAGAAAUUUUAAUAAUGCUUAAAAUUAUAAAAGUUACAAAGUUAAAAGUUACCAGAGUCAUUAGUUUCAAUUAUGGCAACUCAAUAAUGAUCAACGCUUACUUAGUUCUUAACUAAGUUCAACGCUUACAACUUCACAAAGUUCUAAGUUCAACGCAUACUAACUUACUGAGUUCAUUACUCAACAGUGUUGACUUUUGAAAGGACGAUUUUCUCGAGGUUAACAUCUUAUAUGGUUAGAUGUUAUUCGAAUGAAUUGAGAUUUCUGAGACAUUUUAAUCAAAUUCGAUUACCAACCUGGUUUGACUAUUUAUUUUGUAUAAAUUUUUUUACUUAAUUUGAAAUAAUAUUACUUAGUUUAAUACUAUAACAAGUCAAGCCAAAAACUUUCUUAUUUUAUUUUGUAUAUAAAGUAUUAAUUGUGCAAAGCCACUAAAUAAUAUAAAUGAUAU